AAACCAGGAAGAAGACGUGAAGGAGCGUUAACUGUUUAGACGCUGGCAAGGAACCUCCGCGAUUGUCUGAACGGAAUUGAGCCUGAGUGGAUUUGGCGUCGCGCGUCUGUGAAGGAAUGUGGAUUUAACUUCCAACUUUAUCACAUCCAAUUCUCAGGUCAAGUGACAUAUUUCAGGAUUUUCCCGGCAAUAAUGCAUGUUAUUCUGGACACGAAAAAUUGUAUAUUUCAUGAUGCAAUCGUGAACGUGGUGAAGGUUUAGCAUCAUCAUCAUCAUCAUCAUCAUCAUCAUGGCACCUCAUCCAGUGGUCCAGGCCAUCAUAGACCUCUCAGCUGGAGCGAUAGGUGGGACAGCCUGUGUGUUCAGUGGCCAGCCGUUCGACACAGCCAAGGUGAAGAUGCAGACCUUCCCUUCCAUGUACCGAGGCUUCCUCCACUGUUUCAUGGCCACCUACAGACAGAUGGGUCUGAGAGGGCUGUACCAGGGAGCCACCCCAGCCCUCAUAGCCAACAUCGCAGAGAACGCUGUCCUUUUCAUGAGCUAUGGUUUCUGUCAGGACGUGUUGCGGCGAAUCACUGGGAUGGACCGAGCCGUAGAACUCAGUGACCUCCAGAAGGCAUGUUCAGGCUCCCUAGCCUCCAUCUUCUCCUCCCUGGCUCUCUGUCCCACAGAGCUGGUCAAGUGUCGUCUGCAGGCCAUGCAUGAGAUGGAGGCCUCCGGUAAGAUAACCGCAGGGCAGAAGAGUUCGGUGUGGUCCGUGGUUCGGACUGUGUUGAGGAAGGACGGUCCUCUUGGGUUCUACCAGGGUUUGACUACAACCAUCGUCAGGGAGGUGCCCGGGUAUUUCUGCUUCUUCGGAGCCUACGAGCUCUGUCGCACGACAUUUGCUCAGCAUCUGAACACCGAAAAGGAUGGCAUAGGCGUUGUCCCUCUGAUGUUCAGUGGUGGGUUUGGGGGAGCGUGCCUGUGGCUGGUGGUCUAUCCCAUAGACUGUGUGAAGUCCAGGAUCCAGGUCCACUCCCUAGCAGGCAGACAGCAAGGCUUCAUCAAUACCUUGAUGGGGAUCAUACGCACUGAAGGUAGGCAAGUUGAGAACAAGUUCUCAUUUACAAUUGCGACCUGGACCAAGAUAAAGCAAAGCAGUUCGACAGAUACAACGACACAGAGUUACACAUGGAGAGUGGCUCCUCUCUACUCAGGCCUCACCCCCACCAUGAUCAGAACCUUCCCUGCCAACGGAGCUCUCUUCUUGGCCUAUGAGCUCAGCCGUAAGGCGAUGAUGCAGAAGUUUGGAGACGUCUGAUUGGCUGAUCCCUCUGUUUCCUCCACCAAUGCCUGCACUUUGGUUGGCAUCCCAAAAUGGAACCUUAUGUUUAAACAUUAUCUUUAAAGUCUGAAUGUCACUUUCUUUUGUGUAUAAAAUAUACCUUUUGUUGUUGUUGUUGUUGUUGUUGUAGCUGUUGAAGGAAAUUACCGACAGUUGUUGAGCAGGUCACAGUUAUUUGAGAAUGUAGAGUCCUUGGUGUUCUGUAAAAACUUUAAAUAAAGUCACACAGUCUAUGUUGAAUGGCUAAUCCUAA